GAAUAGCGAACAGAGAAGUUUGACACGAUGGGACGCUCCUCUAAAGAUAAACGAGAUAUUUACUAUAGACUAGCAAAGGAAGAUGGCUGGAGGGCUAGAAGUGCAUUUAAAUUGUUACAACUCAACGAUGAUUUUGAUCUGUUUAAUGGUGUUAGUCGUGUCGUGGAUUUGUGUGCGGCCCCGGGGAGCUGGAGUCAAGUACUAAGCAGAAAAUUGAUCGACGAACGUUCAGAAAACAAAGGCAAAGUAAAAAUUGUGGCCGUUGAUCUACAAGCCAUGGCUCCUCUUCCCGGAGUUAUUCAGAUACAGGGUGAUAUCACUAAAGUAAGACAUGACUAAGUUUUUGUCGUUGUUACUUUCACAUUCAAUAUCUGAAACAAUUACGCAAAAUGACGUCAUCAGAAUUUUUUUCCCAAAUAUCCACUUCAUGUCCAGUCUAUACACUAUGCAAUUUAAAGUGCAAACAAGGUUUGAAUUUUCUAAUGUGCUUGUAGCAUUGUUUCUCAGUAAUAUGGCUGUCAAGCAGCGCUACCAUAGAUCGUUUAAAACAAAGGAGACAACCAUAGCAAGAUUAAGUUCCAUUAACAAUUGUUUGGCAUUCAGCUCAGGUCUAGAGGAAAAUGAAUGUCUUGAUUGAGAAAGAAAGCAAAAAGAUUGAGAAUCAGGAGAUUUGCCCUCAGAAAAAAAUCCUAUAGAGUGAAAAUUCUCACAAACAGUUGAAUUUGGAAUCAGAAUUUGUUCUGUGGAUUGUGGAUUGUAUUGUUUUUAGGUUACCCUUAGUUGUUGUGUAUUUGACCUUGUUCUUAGCUUUUUAGAUAUAUAGAAAGGAUGCAAGGCUUUUCUAGCCUGUAGAUUAUACUGGCAUGGUAAAGUUCUGCUUGAAGAUAACUUUCUCAAACACAACCAAAGAUAGCAAAAAUUUAGAUCCUAUUUACAUACAGUUCAGGUGAUUGCUGGUCACAUGCAGUGAGUUUUACUGGGGCACCCUUUAAGUAACUGGAAUUUGCAGUUCAAUAAACUAACAUAAGAUCAGCAAAUAGCAAGAAGAAAUAACAUGGAUUUCUGCAUUUGUAUAUCCAAAUUUACCUCACCUCAAGCACACUUCAAAGCAAGUCAAAUAAUCUGAAAGAUUGAACUAUGUUUAUAACAUCAUGAUAACAACAUAAGCUUGAAACCAAGUGUGGUUUUUCUUACAAUGUGGUCACCUCAAGUGUGGAUUGUGUGUUUUUAUCAGAACACAAAUGAAAAGUUCUUGUUGAAUGAGACAAAAAGUCCACGGGUGAGGUAACAAAUCCAAUCUUACCAAUGUGGCAACCAAAGUGUUGACCAACACCUCAGCUGACACACUACCCAUGUGUUGACCAAUCUGUUGACCAUCAUAUCAGCUAACACCCUACUGACACACUACCCAUUCAUUGACCAAUGUGUUGACAGAUAUAAGUCAAGAUAAUUUUUUUUUUGUCACAGAACAGGGUACAAAACAUAAAUACCAUUCUUCCUGAUGACUCUCCCUACAGUGUGACCAAUUUUCUGCUGCCUCUUUUGGUUAAUAUAGGGGAAAAAGUAUUGUUACAGUCAAGGCUUUAGGAAAAUUUCUUAACUUUUUAACUGGCAAAGUAUAACUUGGUAUUAUUUUGGCUUUACAACAUGAUUGUUUUUUGCAACUACAAAUGAUCUGUCUCUAUAUGAGUUAUUAAAGUUGUUUCACCACUGACCACUCACAGUUAAGCCUAUUUUCCUUUCCUGGCUCAAUGCCCAUGAUGUAGUAACCCUUCUAAUGUGUUGACCAAUACAUUGGUGGACACUCUACCGACACACUACUGAUGUGUCAGCCAAGGUGUUGACCAACAUACUAUUGAUGCUGAGGGGGAAGGAAUAAAACGCAGGAAACACUGAGGUAUCACCUGGUAUUGAAGCUCAAAUUUUGGGAAAAAAAGUUUCUCAGAGAAAUUGAAGUGAACUCAUGAGAAAGACUGAUUCAAAGUUUCGAUGCAACAUUCAGUAAAGCCAGCGAAUGAUCAUUUGACUCUUUAUAUUCAACAAAACAGAACUUGAAAUUAUGAUAUAUGUUUUCCUCAAUACUUUUGGGAAGUGCAUUUUCAUUCAAGGUGUUCUUUUGACUGUAAACAAGCAAUCAACAAUCACGAAGCUUAGUAACUAGGCAAUAAAGGAAGUUAAGUCGACACAAGGAUUGCCUAAUGAUCUCACAGGAAAAAAGUGUGGCUUAUACACAGGUGAUUAAGGUGUAUAUAUAUUGUAUAUGUUCUUUAACAGCUGACCACUGGCUCUCUCAAAUUUGUUUGCCCGUGGUUUUGGCUGGUUUUGCAGCUCUCCCAGUUGUGCCUCUAAGGCUUGGUUCCAUUCUUCUCUCUCUCUGAUGUCUUGCCUGUAGUUGACAAUGCACAUUUCUCUCUCUCUUACAAACUCAGUUAUUUCUUCUGCACUUUUUGAGCUUGCUCUAAGAGCUGGCUACUUUGUUUGAGGGCUUCAAAUAUACCCCUCAGAUCCUGGUAGGCCUUGUUAAGUUGUUGGUUCUGCUGUAAUUGCUCAUUAUAAGUGUCUUGUACUCAGACACUGGGGUUGAGUUGGACAAGUUUGUGUGGUUCAAGAACUUUUCAGGCUAGAAGUGGUCUUUUAGCUGCAGGGGGAGAUCACGGAGCAGUUUCCUCUACAAUAAUGAAUCACUUAUUACAAAGAAAUAGCUCCUUUAGGAGCUGCUAAACACCACAAAAUAAGACUAAUGAAGUCUACCUCUGUGUUCAAUAGACUUUCUCAGUUUAUAGCAGACACCUUUGAGACCAUCAUUUGGUUUUCCAAAACUUUGAGCCUUUUGUGACAUAGCCUGCUAGAAAUACAUGUGAACCCACUUUAAGAUUUUGCAUCACUGAAAUUAAAUGAUUUCUUAAGGGCCUACAACCAAUUUUUUUUCUCUGGGUACCACAGAAAAUAUAGAUCAUGUUUACUGUAGGUACUUGUGACUAAUCUAGUGGUUGAUAUAUCGGUCUAGAGUCAGUUGAUACUUGACUGAUAUCUCGGUUAACAGUCAAUCAACUGUCGUUCUACAGUCUGUUGACAGUCAGUCAACAGUCGGUUGACAGUUGGCCGAUAGUCAGUUGCUAGUCCGUCAAUAAUUAAGUCAAUAGUCGAUCAAUAUAGUGACCAACUACAGGUUGAGAGUCGGUCAUAUCUCUGUGGUGCAUCGGUCAACUGUCGGUGAUAUAUUGGUCAACUGUCAGUGAUAUAUCAGUCAGCAGUUGGUGGUAUAUCGGUCUGCUGUCAGUGGUAUAUCAGUCAGCUGUUGGUUGAAUAUCAGUGUUGAGUAUUGAUCAGGUGUGUUAAUUUAGCAGUCCAAUGAUGAGUAGCACAAUCACCAUGCCCAUAGGGGGUUGACUGCAAACUUUCAAUGAUUUCUUCUGUUUUACAUUUUCAUUGAAGCCAAAUCUUUGCUUACAGGUAAAGUUGUUCUUAUUGAUUAUAGUUAAAGCAAAAAAUCAGAAAACCACGUUGCUGUCUUUGAGAAAAUACCCGUGAAAGAUGAAAAAUCGAGCCAAUUUUGGUUGUAACGCGUAACACAAUCUCAGUGGUAAAAUGUUUUAAAUACAUUUUUCACUGAAAAGAAAGCUCGUUUGAGCAAACAAAUUACACCUUAUGAUAACACACAAUAAACACUACAUUUGAGCAAAACUUUGACAUUUCAAGUUUAUUAAAACGCAUAGAAAAGAUUCAUCAUUCUUAAGCAUCCUUUGUGUAACGCUGGGUUUCAGAAUUUGGAAGUACACCAAGUUGUUGUCCGCAGAAUGACUGAACUGGAAUCCUGUGGGAACAAAAACACAUUAACCAAAUGCUCAUACUUGGUGUUCUAAAAUAGCGAAAAAUCAGUCUAAAGGAUUGACUAUAAACGGAGAAAUAUCAGUGUAAAACAGUCGCUACGGUUUUGUAAAACCUGAUUACGCAAUAAUAUUUUUCAUCAACUUACCUGCUCCUUCGCUACUAUACUUCAAACACGGCAAAGUCGGGUUUCGAAAUCGAUUAUACUUCAAUGCUCAUAAGUUUUUCUUGUCAUUUCCAAGUUUUCGGGUCCAUAUCUUUAGAAACGGCCAAAAUAUUCACUUUUGACCAAGUCGCUACGCUUUUUACCAAGUCGCUACGCUUUUUACCAUGUUGACGCCAUAUUGAGAACGGAGUCUCGCCACAAAUGCCACCAAAAGCGCUUUGAAAUCUGCUGUUUGCUCCGCCACUUUCGCCUUCAUCUUUUCAUCUCCGUGUCGAAAAUAGCUUGAUAACCUUUCCUAUUUUGGUUUCUGCGACGUUAUCAAGGGUCGGGGGUCUUCAAGCUCAAUAAUUUUUCUGAGAUUUAGCCAUCUGUAAAUAUCGCUGCAAGUGCGCUUGACAAGAGGUAUGGUUAACGAAAAGGAAGAAAAGCUUGCGAGGAUCAAAGAGUGGAGGAGGAAAAAGCAGGAAAAGAAUAGGCUAAGGAAUCUAAAAUAUAAUGAAAAGAAUCGCAAAAAGAGAGCUGAAUUUCCAAGAGAAAAAUGGUGAUGUGAUCUUCAAGUUGUAAAAAGAGGCAGAAAGUCAGUUUUUAGAGUGCCAGUUGAUCUUACUAGGGAGAUACUAGCCUCCAUGUAAUACAUGUAUGUUAUUUGCCGGCUGGGAGGUUCGUAUGGUGAAAAACUGUGACCGAGGUCACAGUUUUUCACCAUACGGACCGACCCUUAGCCGGUAAAUAACAUAUUUAUUGUUUUUAAACUUGAUGAAAUUCUUUCCGAAAGAACCCGAAUGAUUUAGGGCUGUAAAUACGGCAAGAUCUUCCAUAAACUGAACAAUUUUUGAGCGAGUAAAUGGUAGUUAAAAUAGAGGUGAUGCAAAUUAAAGAGAGAUUCCUCAGCGAAACAUUUUCAUUUCCGUAACGAUAAAGGUGAUUUAAAAGGCUUCCAAACAAACUAUGAAACAUUAUUUUUACAAGUAUCUGUCAGAAUCUGACACCUGUCAAUUAGAGAGCGCGUAAGAAAAAAAAAAUCAUAAGAACAUUUGAAAAACAACGGAACUAGUUUGGCAAGGACUGUUACGACAAUGUUUUCUUCAAAAUCAGUCAACGAUCUAACGGAAAGUAUUAUUCACUCUCAUCGACGAUUCAUUCAUGUACGAAGAUUUACCUCUGUUCAUUAAGUAAACGGCGAGGAAAGUAAUUGUGAGUAAAUUCAAUUUUUUUAUUUUGAAGUUGUGAGAGUUUGCUCGUUUGUUUGCUGCAAUGGCGUGUGUAAAUCUGGUCUUUCCUUCACAAAAACUAAAUUCGAACGGCACGCUCCAACGAGACGCAAGGGAAUUUAAUGCGGCCUUUUCUCGAAAAAUUCCUUCAGUUUCUGUUGUAAAAUUUACGGUACAAAUGUCCAAAUUGAACGGAAUUGGAAAGACUCACCGGGAGCCUAUAUUUGUUGUAGAACUUAAAUUAAAACUUUGCUCGCUCUUUCACUACUAACAAUUUUCUCGAGAAAAUUCAGAUAUUAAAUUAAUGAAAGUUCCAUCGUUCAGUUUAACUGUAACCAAAUACCUCACGUUUUAACUUUCUGGGUACUUUUUGUGAAUGAUUAAAAUUAAUUGCAGACGGUUUUUAGGCCGCUUGUCAACCAACGUAAUGACACCAUUGUUUAUACAAAUUCAUUCUGAAACCAAUAUUUUUCUGUCAACCAAAGUGAUUUGAGAGAGAGAAAAGAGAGGAUUGAUAAGUUAUUUAUCGACUUGAGGUAAUGACCGACUUGUUUGCUUUAAAAUACUGCCCAGCCGGAAAACGAGGUAUAUUUAUGAAAAAAUGACAACGAAAGUUGGGAUGUACUCGGCAACUCACGAAAGCGUUACCGUGGCCCGUGGGCAGAGAUAGGAAAAUACUGACCGGGUAAAGAACCAAUCAGAUUGCAGGAUUCGUUACCGUGCCCUCUAAAAAAACAAUAAAAAAUGUUAUUAUUUCUACUUUUUACUAUGUCAGUGAACUUGAAAAUGAUUAUUUGUGAAAAAGACCACACCCAGAAGGGAUUAUGGGUAAAUACAAAUUUGAAUCAAAUGUGACAAAAAUAAAGUAGUUUGAAAUAAAUCAGUUGUAAUAGUAAAUGUGAAUUUAAAACAGACCUAAAGAAGUGAUUUUGUCCCAAACUAGCAAUUUUCACAUUUUCCAUACAUGUUACAGAAGUGGGUAUGGUGAUUGUGCUACUCAUCAAUGGCUUUCUUUUUAAGUGAUGACAUCAUCAAUUAAUGCUUUCAUGCGAUGAGGGAAAAUGUUUCAGUGUGAGUCUAGACUGUGAGUCUUUUGCUGGAAAAUCUGUGGGGAAGAAUGCAAAACAAGUUAGUGAGCGAGUGUUACUCUAGUAUCUGACUGUGAACGGAGUGUGGACUAUUGACUAGGGCCAAUCAAUUAGUGACCAAUACUCAGUGAAUUGUCAGCAAGGUAUUGGUGAAAUAUUGGCAAAGUAUCGAUGACCUAAAAGCCAUAUCAGCUGGUAUACAUAUUGACCAACUGUCGACCAACUGUCUUAAUUGGAAAUAUAUCGAUAUUUCGGUCGAUGUAUCAGUCGAGAGUACCUACACUAAAUAUGAUCCACAAAUACCAGUGAUAGAGGAAAUUUUGUUUUGGGAUAAUUUUUUAGAUUUUUUUUCUUAUUUGUAGGUUAGGUAAGGGUUUUAAAUACUCUAUGUAGUACCAGUCUAAACUGAAAGGAAAGAGUUGACUGUAUCUAACUCAUUCAGCCUGCUCACUCUAGUGUUAUAAAUAGUGGAUGAUAUUAUUGUGGUAAUGCACCACAAAUGUGUGUUCAUUUUUUCAGUGAAAUAUGGAAAUUUCUCUUUGAACUUACAUGCAAUAUUCUUUGCAUCUUUUUAUUGAUCUAGAUAUCAACUGCCCAUGAGAUAAUUAGCUACUUUGAAGGAGAGGAAGCUGAUUUGGUGAUAUGUGAUGGGGCUCCAGAUGUUACUGGUCUCCAUGACAUUGAUGAAUACAUCCAAGGACAGCUCUUACUUGCUGCACUCAAUAUUACCAGUCAUCUCCUAAAGCAUGGGGGAGUUUUUGUGGCCAAAAUUUUCAGAGGAAAAGAUGUUGACAUUCUGUACAGUCAAUUGAAGGUGUUCUUCUCUACUGUGACUAUAUGUAAGCCACGGAGCAGUCGAAAUUCAAGCAUUGAAUCUUUUGUUGUGUGUCAGAAUUAUUCUCCUCCCAUUGGUUAUGUGCCAAUAAUGUGCAAUCCUCUCCUUGUUGACCCAAACCAGUUCAAAAGGUUGGUGCUUGUCUGUUUUUUUGUAUAUCUUAGCUACCUUUCCAAAAGUCCCAAUCACAUGUCUACUUAAAAAUGGUCUUUGACAAACAAGUUUUCUGGACAAUCAAACCCAAAUUCUUGUGGUGAAAUUAUUAAAACUGAAACACAGUUUUAAUGGAGUAAGGUGAUUUUAUUACAUGUAAGUGAUGAAAACGAGUUGGUGCUUUUAAACCAGACCUCUCCUUCAAACCCCUUUAUAGCCUACAAAACUGUGACUGGGUGGCCAUGAAUGUUGCUGAAAAUUGAUUGUUGGAAACUGUGCUUAAAAGGCUAGUUACCAGUGGGCAACCAACUUGAUGUAUUGUCAAUUAUCAAAACCAGUGCUUGAGAUAUUAAUAAAUUUUAGUUCAUAUUAUAAAAAUAGUCAAGUUUGAUUUCCAAGAAGUUAUUUAUUUAUAAUGAAAGUUUUUAACCUCCAGGGAAAAUAAUCAGGUUGGAGAACAAAGGUGUGAUUCAUAUUAACCUGCUGGCAGGCACUGUCUUUGUCAUUUAGGAGCCACCAUAUUUAUGGUAGUUUCAUCUUAAAGCAAGUUUAUGACCAUGAUUUUUCCAGUGCAAAGAAACUUUUUUAGAACUUCUCAUUUUCAUAUUUCACUAGCUACCUACAACAGAAAAAAGGGGAAAUCUAACAUUCUGGACAUCAAAAAUUUUACAUCUGCUGUCUGGAAAGAUUUUUUAAAUUUUUAAAUAACUAUACAAAAUGCUACUGAGCAUCCUUGACUCAUUCAAGUGCAACUGUUUUGAAUUUACAGUCUUGAAGGAGUAAACAGGAUUGUUGUUCCUUUCAUGGCCUGUGGUGACCUUAGUGGUUAUGAUUCAGACCAAACAUAUCCACUCACAACUUCUACUGGAGGGAAAGAAUAUCAAACACUGUCACCCAUCCAGGAACCAAUAAAUCCUCCUUACCAAACUGCAUGUCUCCUGAAAAAAACCAACAGUCUAACUUCUUCUGACAGCACUGAACAAGUACAGAACAAAGAUGUGUAAGAUUUUUAAUUCAGUCUACAGUAUUUGAUGCUCUUUUAUAAUUACAGUGUGUACAUUAUCACUUACUCUUAACUUUAAAAGAAAGUAUAAAAAAUAAAAACAGAGUUUGUAGAAUUCCAGGAAAAUUUGUUGCUUAAGCCAGAGGUUGCCCAAGAUUGCACAUUAAGCCUUUGUAAACAUGCAAAUAUGAUAUCAUUGCACAAGGGACAAAAUAUAUGGAUUUGUGUGGAAAUAAAUGGUUGCACACUUCACUUAAAAAUCCAAACUACAACGCGGUUUUUUACAUCGCCAAAGUGGCUCUUUCUAUGCAUCUUUUCUGCUCAGUAUUAGUUCAUCUUCUUUACCUUCUGUUGGAUUUAUCUUUUUAGAUAAAUUGGAAGGUCUUUUAUGGCUCUAUUCAACUAUAGUUUCCUUAGAAUCUUUUGAAAGUUAAUGC